AACAAACUUUUAGUUAAGCGCCUCCGGUUAAAAACGGCUUCAAACGAAACGGUCUGUGCUGUGCAAACCUAGUGGCUUGUUUGGAAGCAAGAGCUAAGAAAUGAUGUCCAGCACACAAAAGCGUCCUUCGGACGCCUUGGUUGCCGUUCCGCAAAACAAGAAAUCCCGUACGGAUUUGGUAUCCUACACGGCCAAGGAUAAGCAGCUUAUGGAACAACAGAAUGUCGAGCGAACAUCCAGUCUGCUGGCUCCGAUCAUGCUGCUCGAAGGCCACGGAGGGGAAAUUUUCUCAGCGGAAUUCCACCCGGAAGGUGACCAUCUGGUUUCGGCGGGCUUCGACCGACAAAUUCUGCUGUGGAACUUUCAUGGCGAGUGCGAGAAUGUCGGCAUGAUGACCGGCCAUUCGGGGGCUGUUAUGGAGGUACAUUUUUCGCCGGACGGUGGAAACAUUUACAGCUGCAGUACGGAUAAGUUUGUUGCCGUGUGGGACGUUCCAACCUGCACCCGAAUACGAAAGCUGAAGGGCCACUCACAUUUCGUCAACAGUUGCAGUGGUGCCCGACGAGGUCCCACCCUGAUUGUGUCCGGCUCGGAUGAUUCAACCAUACGAAUUUGGGAUGCACGCAAAAAACAUGGGAUCCACAGCUUCGACAAUCGGUUCCAGGUGACUGCCGUUUGCUUCAACGACACUGCUGAGCAGGUGAUUUCUGGUGGAAUUGAUAAUGAAAUCAAAAUUUGGGACAUCCGCAAGAAAGAAGUUAUCUAUCGUCUACGAGGGCACACGGAUACGAUCACAGGACUAUCACUGUCUCCGGACGGUUCGUAUUUGUUGAGCAAUUCUAUGGACAAUACUUUACGAAUCUGGGAUGUUAGGCCCUAUGCUCCGGCCGAACGAUGCGUCAAAGUGUUUAGUGGCCAUCAGCAUAACUUCGAGAAAAAUUUACUUCGAUGCGCCUGGUCGCCGGAUGGAUCUCGAAUCAGCUCUGGUUCUGCUGAUCGCUUUGUCUAUGUUUGGGACACGACAUCUAGACGAAUUCUCUACAAACUUCCUGGCCACAACGGAAGUGUCAACGACGUCGACUUUCAUCCGACAGAACCUGUCGUCGUAUCGGCCUCAAGCGACAAAACGCUGUAUCUGGGAGAAUUGGACGGUUAAUUAUUUCUUUUCAUAACAGAAAAAAUGCCCACUGCUUCGUCUACAUCUUUUAUUUGAUUUGAACUUGUAAUUUAAUGUGAGGAUCUACUAGCGGUUAAGAUCUUCAAGGUUGAAUAGAGUGUAUUAAAGAGUCGGAAAAAGUCGCUUCACUGUUGCAGCUCUUUGUUGGGGUAGAGAAUAUCAUAGUGUCCGGGACGGUAGAGCAAAAACACGUUGGGCUUACAGCCGUCCGGAAAAUCAUGAGCAAUAACUUGAUCACCAUCGCCACGGUCCAUGUACUCGACACGCACUCCAGCAUCCAGAGCAGAGCAGAUCGCAAUAAUAUGAAUGUGAUCCGAUUCCUUGUACAUCGGUUCCACCUCUUGGUGGCAAAACUCUACAAUCGUGUAGUUGCCGUCAAUAAAAUUC